UUUCCAAUAACCUUUCAAUCAUUCACCUCUCAAGAAUGUAUCAUUCCUGGUGAAUCAAAACCCCAAAGCUUCUUGUCGUUCCUUUAACUCUUUGUCUAUUUAGGUCCUAUGCAUAGAGCUUCUGUGAACUUUCUCAUUCUUCAACCUACAAGGACAAUGGCAUGACUGCUUGGAAACGAACAAGCCAAAAUGAGAUGAAUGUUCAAGCACUGGGUGGUCUUACUUAUUGUGAAAUGCAAAUCCCUUCACCAUUAGUAUGGAUGUUGAUAUCAAACACGGUAAGAUGGUAUAUAAUGAACAUGUUCACCUUGUCAUCAACCUUUGUGUCUUUGCCUAAUCUAUGUCCUAACUUUAUAUCCUCAAUAUCUCCUUCUUUUCUAAAGUUCUUAACUCCCUAGCCUCCACAUCCUCUUCAUGAUGGCCGAAGUUGAACAGGCUAAUACACAGAGCGCUAUCUCUCCUCAAACUGCUCCCCGUCUAGAACCUGAUUGUAACUCAGUACCUCUGACAGACAAUUUAGCCCGUUUGGUUAACCAUCAAUCUAUUCUAGCUAGUGAUACCACUCAGCAAGUGCCAGAGAGAGUCCUACCGGAGCAACCAGUCCCAGAAUCUUCAGAUGAUGAAGUAGAGUUUGUGUUUUCGGUCCCUCGACGAAGGAAAAAAAGGCACAGAAGGCUUGAGCUUCCAUCACAAAACACUCAUACCAGCUCAGCUAGUCCCAUUUUGAGCGCCGGAGUUAUAGGUGCUCGUCCAUCACCGGAGAAGCUCGCACCUGAUAUGGCUCGUUCGCUUGAUCAUUGCACUGAGCCCGAUGAGAUGAACAGAGCUAGAUGCCAUUCUGUCAAAGCGAUGAAUGAAACCGCCACAUUUGAUACUUUUCCACGGCCAUUGAAUCUUCCACAGUCAGGGCUACCCGCAAUAUCCCCUUCGCAUCCUUCUCAAACUGUACCGUUCAAAAUUCCACCACCUUGGUAUGCCAAAUCCAUACUUCCGCCACUGUUACCAACAUCACCGCAUCAUAAUGCAAAAUCCACAACUUUCACAUCACCAGAGCAAGAUCAUGGUAAAAAAAGAAAGCAUUAUAAUUCAAGUGAAAAUUCAAAUCAUGUGUUUCCAUGCAUAUCUUCGGCAUCUAUGUAUCUACCAAGACCAAAGGUCUUACCGUCGUCUAAUUCAAAUUCUAGCCCCAUUUAUGGACAUAACGGAUUUGUGGACUUUUUAGAAGAUCCAAAUGUGCCAACUACUUUCGGAGGAGUGCCUCUCCCUCUUCCGCCACAUCGGCCAGUUAUACCUGGUUGGCAAGACUUUUCCUGGAAACCAUCAGAUUACUCACCUCCAAAGCGCGCACCAUCUAUUGAUCCACGAGCAAGUAUGUUUUCUAACAUCAACAACGACCCGAAUUGGCACCGCAAAUAUUACUUUGGUGCCGUUGACCCAAAUUUUGUCAACUCGCAAAAAGUUUACAUUGGAAACCUCCCAAGCGAGAGAUACGUGCAAGAAAUGGUGUCACCCAAAACAAUACCUCUUACAACUCAAACCGCACUGGCGUCGUAUCCUUCAAUUCAAAUGAAGUUAGUUCCACAAUUACGUCACAUGCCUACAAAGAUGUCUACGUCUUCCACAAAUACCUGUCCUGUGCAACCUUCGAUAUCAAAUCCUGGGACAUACUCUCAACCAACACAUCCAGUUACACUGGUGGGACAUACUUGUCCUUCUCCAUCCCCUCAUCCCCAGGUGACUGCAGCAGAUAUACGACGCAAACCUUCUCUAUAUAGAAUACCUGCGUGGACACAUUCGAUGGAUAACAACAAAGCUUCACCAUCCACAGCUCUCUGUGAACGUCAAAAUCAGACCGGCGACACCGAAAGCAACGGUAUACUUUCUCCACACAUCAGCGCACCUCGACAAGCGAGACCUACUGCUUCCCACACGCCAGAUUCUACCUCAUCUCCUCUCCAAACUCCGGUCCUACAUCCUUCAAGACCAAAAACAUCCACGUCCGCGUCUGCAUCUUCAUCUAAACACUCCCCAAAUUUAAUCAUAGACAUAGCCCAAACGAGUCAAGACACAUUUCCAUUUGCAGAAGUAGCGGCUAGACAUAAUAAACCCAUACAAAAAGUUUUUGAUACUUUUUCGGCCAUAAUACAGUUACCGCUACUAAAACAGGCAGCGGAUGGGAGGAGACACGGGCCAUUAGGAAGUGAGAGGAUGAGGAUGUAUAGGGAGGCUAAAAGGGCCAUGGAGAGGGCGAAUAGAGAAAAUGAGAGGAAACAGGGGCGAUGAGCGUGGAACUGUACUAGGAAAUCAGGAUUUGAAAUAUGGGGAGUUCUAGUUUGAUCAAUGCUUUACUUUACUUCUU